CACAGUCUGGCUCAUGGUGUGUGUUAUGAAUGGUGUACUUGCGUGGUGGAACGUGUGAGGUGUUGAGAGUUUGUUGUACAGUACUGUGUGUGCAGAUAAACAGCGGUGAGGCUAUCAAUAGUAACUGGAGCACGUGUGGUGAAAAGUGUUUAUUUUAACAUAUUGGUCUCGGUGCAUGAAGUGUAUAGUGUGUGGUUGUUUACUGUGGUGCUUGGUAUUCCAUAAGUAGCACACUAUAUGUAGUAUUAUGUAUAGUGCUCGAUAUGUGGCGCACUGACUAUGUAGUGCUCGAUAUGUGGUACACACUAAUGUUUGAUAUGUGAUGUACUGUGUGAUGCAUAGUAUGUGUUGCACAGUGUGGAGUAUGGUGUGUCAUAUAUGGUGUAUGGUGCGCAGCAUGUGGUGCACUGUAUGUUUGGACUGCCAUAUUUGAUUUGCGGUGCAGUGUAUAAUUCACGUACCGUGGUUACACUGCAUAGUGUGUAGUGCACGGCGUGAUUUACAGUGUGUGGUAUACUGUGUGUCAUAUGUGUGUAAAGGUGUAUCAUGGAGGAGUCACCUGGUGGGCCAAGAAGCAAUAAGGUCAAGGUGGGGCAACAAGAACAGCAGAAGGAUAUAGACAAACAAGAACAUGUAGGUGACCAGGAGGGAGAGCAGAUGCCGCCGGUGACCAGCUUUGAUGACCUCGUGGAAAUGGCUGGAACUUGGGGACCAUGGAACUUUCUUAUCUUCUUCCUGAGUAGUUUAAGUGGCUUCUGCCUGGCGUUCACAGUUCUGUCGUAUCAAUUCCUGGGAGCGACUCCUGACCACUGGUGUCACAUACAGCCCCUGGUGGAGGCUAACUGGACCCAACAACAGGUGCUUAGUUUCGCCAUUCCCUACAGUAACGAGACAGGGAGGUACUCAGGCUGCCAGAUGUACGACUACAACUACACAGUAGCGGCCACGCUCGGCUACGAGGCUUCCAUCAACACCAGCUUCGAGGUCGUCUCCCGAGGGUCGUCUGAUAUCGUCGCCUGCCACGAGAGAGACUUUAACCAUACCCAGUACAGGUCAACUGUUGUUACUAAGUGGGACUUGGUGUGUGAACGACGCGCCCUCUACUCCACCAUCCAGGCAGCCACCCAACUGGGCUUACUCCUCAGCUCCUUCGUGUCUGGCUGUCUCAUGGACCAGUGUGGUCGUCGUCCGGUGGUGCUGGGAUGUCUGGUGGUCAACGUCGCCCUGGGGUUCCUGGGUCUUCUCUCACCCACCCCCUACGUCUUCAUCGCCUUCAGGCUCGCCCUUUCCAUCACUGGGUUUGCCGUCUACCUCGGCAACUUCCUCAUUUUGAUGGAGGUCAGCUCAUCUUCAACACGGUCAACGUUCGGUGGGUUGUUUCUGAUGAUGUGGGCUGCAGGAUACUUUGUACUCCCUGGUGUCGCCUACCUGGUGAGGGAUUGGCAGUGGCUCCAGGCGGCCCUCAACCUACCCAAUGUAGUCAUGCUCCUUGAAUUCUGGCUGCUGCCAGAGUCACCCCGUUGGCUAAUUCUUCAAAACCGCGAUCUCGAAGCUGUAGAGGUCCUCACCCAGGCUGCUAAGGUCAACAAGAAAACUUUACCUCCUAGACACGCUCUCAUGGAUGCCAUCAGCCGCAUCAGGGACCAGAUGUGUCACAAGGAUGAAGGUGAGGCGACAAUGACCGUCACCAUGAAGGUGCUGACGACGGUGAAGAAGUUGUUCUUCACCCUGACGGAGAAGGAGCUGAGGAGGAGGAUGCUCAUCCUGGUUGUAUGUUGGUUCGUCGCGUCCAUGGUGUACUAUGGGUUGGCUCUCAGCGCUACCAACUUGAGCGCGGACCCUUACCUGUACCUGCUCCUGGGCGGGCUUAUGGAAGUCCCGUCCUACCUGAUAGUGUGGGGGAGCCUCGUGUACCUUAGUCGUCGGAGCACUCUGGCUUCCCUCUAUCUCUUGUGUGCGGUGUGUAUCUGUAUCAACGCAGUCGUCAUGUUCUCAUUCGUUAAUGAAACGCCAGUAGGUGCCAAGAUCUUCCUGUCUCUCCUAGGGAAGAUAGGUAUCGCUGCAGCCUUCCAUCUCUUGUAUAUUUACACGGCUGAGCUCUUCCCUACUGAGUGUCGCUCCGUCGCCCUCGGUGAGUGUAGCUUCAUAGGGCGAAUCGGUAGUAUCGCGUCGCCUUACAUCAAUGACAUUAUGGGGGACGUUUCGCCAUGGGCUCCGUCAGCGUUGUUUGCUGGGGCGUCUACGGUGGCUGCCAUCAUCUCCCUCCUUCUCUCGGAGACCAAAGGUCGGGACCUUACCGAGACGCACAUCAUCAAGAACUCUGACACAUCUCUUGCAUCUCCAACUCCGCCGUCAGUGCUUCACAAUACGAAGGAAAAUGUCUUUCCUGCAUAAUACAGUUAAAACGUCUGGUUCUUUAAAAGUUGUGCUUUGCGAAGGUCUUACACCACUAGCGUAGCUAGGGGGGCAGUCCGCCCCGGGCGGCACU